AUGGCGACCACCACAGACAACUUAAGCAUCGAAGAUGCAAUAAAAAAUGAAAACCUUGGUCUGUCUGAAGCAGAAAAGCUUAGACUGGAGUCAGUGUUGAAAAGAGCAAAGGAAAUUGACGAAGAAGAUUUCUUCAGUCAUCCAAUGCAAGGCACACUCAAUAAAUAUACCAACGUUGUGAAGGGUUGGCAGAAUAGAUGGUUUGUCUUAGACCCACAGAGAGGAUCCUUAGAAUACUACGUGAAUGAAGAAUCAAGAAAAACACAGAGGCCAAGAGGUUCAGUUCAUCUCGCUGGUGCAGUGAUUUCUCCGAGUGACGAAGACUCACAAACUUUUAAUGUGAAUGCAGCAAAUGCAGAAGUCUAUAGACUGCGGGCCAUGGACGCUAAGGAAAGACAGUUUUGGGUCAGUCGGCUCAGGGCGGUGGUUCAACGCCAAGGAGAGGUCAUCUCACAGUCUCUAUGCGACACCACGCCUCCCUCCCCCAGCAGGGGGUCCAACGACUCGUUACAUGGACUGUCUGGGAUUCGGCGUCACCAAGCCCCACGACACACCCAAACCAACUCUCAGCAAUCCUACGCCAGGCCAGCGUCAUCCUCAUUGUCAAUUACCCAGGAGUCACUAUACAACGCUAGAGACAUCAUAACCAUGGCCGAAGAGCAACAGAAGAUGCUGGUCCAAGCUAUGGAGUCACUGCCACCGUCUGGGCACCCUGUCAACUCCUUAGAUCAUGACUGCCUUCUCCUCAAGUCCACAUCACAGUCAACUAUGGGAUGCCUAGAGGACUGCCUUAACAUCUUGCAGAGGCAGGAUAUCGCCCAAGGUCAUAGGUCAUCUGGUGCGAUGGAGCUGCAGAGGUCAAUGGCUAAUAUCAGUCUUGAUCUUCACCCGACAAAUCAACCAGACGAGGGCGCUGUCAAUGCUGCCCAUCAUCCUGUUACAAAUGGGGAACCCGAUGGUUCUCCUAGGGUCUUGGCUAUCAAUCCUGAGGAUGAGGUUGUAGAAGGAGACGGGGAUGAGGAUGAAGAUAUUGGUGGAGUGGAGGAACAUAAGAGUAUCAUUCUUCAUUUGCUCUCACAACUCAAACUUGGCAUGGAUCUUACUAAGGUUGUUUUACCAACAUUCAUUCUUGAGAAGAGAUCACUCCUUGAAAUGUAUGCUGAUUUCAUGGCUCACCCGGACAUGUUUGCAAGAAUUCCCAGUUUACCGAAUGCAGAAUCCCGUAUGAUGGCCGUUGUAGAAUAUUAUCUCUGCUCAUUUCACGUCGGCAGAAAGGGCUCAAUCGCCAAGAAGCCUUACAACCCGAUCAUCGGUGAGACGUUUCACUGUUCAUGGGAUGUUCCUCCCACUCCUAACCAAUCAGAAGGCAGCUGUGAUAACUCCAGAGUGACCUUCGUUGCGGAACAGGUAUCCCAUCAUCCUCCUGUGUCUGCAUUCUACGUGGAAUGUCCCAACAAUAAGAUCUGUAUGAAUACAUGGAUCUGGACAAAGUCUAAAUUUCUUGGCAUGUCCGUUGGUGUCAACAACGCAGGGGAAGGCACUAUCCACGACAUGGUGCAUAGCGAAGACUACACAAUGACGUUUCCAAGCGCGUACGGACGCUCGAUACUGACGGUUCCCUGGAUGGAGUUAGGAGGCAGGUGUACAAUACACUGCGCACAGACGGGGUACCAGGCAGCAAUAACCUUCCAAACUAAGCCCUUUUAUGGUGGGAAGGUUCAUCGUUUGAACGCUGAGGUGAAGAAUCCAACCAGCACCAUCAUCUGCAGAGUGCAAGGAGAAUGGAACGGACAGCUAGAGUUCUCAUACACCAGUGGUGAGAAGAAAGUGAUUGACACCACCAAGCUUAGCAGCAUACCCAAGAGAAUACGACCUGUGGCAAAGCAAGGACCGUUUGAAUCAAGACGCUUAUGGCAGAAUGUAACAAACAGCCUCAAGAUUGGAGAUAUUAACACUGCUACCGAACACAAGCGAUAUCUUGAAGAGCACCAGCGGCAAGAGGAAAGGGAGAGGAAAGAGACCAAGAGCGACUGGCAGACCAAGUUGUUUCAAAAGAAGGAUGAGGGAUGGCAGUAUGCGCAGCCCCUUGAGGUUCAGUAACAGCAAGAUCCAACGAGACGAGAUAGGUGAAGCAGCUUUUGCAUUUUAGACUUACCGCUAACAUUUGUUAUCUUACCGAUUUUAAAGCCAUGUUCGCAUUGGACUUAAAAUGUUUAACUUAACGCUGCAAAUUGGUAACUUCCUGAUAUUGAGUCCAAGUGCGAACAGCCAGUAGCUUACCAAGUUGGUAAGUUACCCGGUUGGUAAGUUACCGCCACAGCGCUGUCCGUGUUUGCAUUUGACUAAAAAUUGUUAACUUACAGCUGAAAACUGUUAAAUUACCAAUAUUAAGUCCAAGAGCGAACAGCCAGUAACCUACUGGGAUGGUAAGUCACUGCCACAUCGCUGUUAACAUUUGCCGUGUUCGCAUUGAACUUAAAGGAACACGUUGCCUUGGAUCGGACGAGUUGGUCUGUAAAAAGCAUUUGUAACAGUGUUUU